CGCUAACCCAUUGACCACACACGCCAAAUACUUUUGUUUAUAACCGAAACCGACUACUACCAGUUGCUAAACUAUAGUGAACGUGUAAUGACCGCGGAGUUUCUUCAGAGACAUCGUUCUGAACUUACGUACCUUUGUGAAAUGGUGGAAACGGAAAAUUAAGCAACAGCACAGCUGUAGCAGAGUCUACAAAAGAAACAUCAUCCAAGUGACCUUCCUUAGGGACAACAAUGUUGAUAGUUCUCAACUUACUUCAGUUCUAAUUACCAAAUGACUAACAAAUGGCGCACAAAAAGAAUAACAACAUUUUCAAGUCCCUCGUAGAUGUUCUUGGCUUCUUGCUGCUGUCUCUCAUAGUUGUGGUGAAGUCAAUUGUUACAUACAUUCUUCCGGAAGCCUACCAAUAUUAUAAAGAACUUAAAGGAGAAGUAAUCCUUAUCACUGGAGGUGGUGGAGGACUCGGUCGUCUUUUAGCUCUCCGAUUAGCCCGUUUGAACGCCAUUGUGGUUCUAUGGGACGUUAACAUUAAAGCCGUCGAAGAAACGGUGGAAAUGGUAAAGGGCAUCGGAGGAAAGGCUUAUGGUUUCAAAUGUGACCUCGCUAACAAAGACGACGUGUAUAAAAUCGCAAAUGUAACUCGACAAGAGGUCGGUGAGGUGACUAUUCUAAUAAACAAUGCAGGAGUGGUUUCUGGAAAUUUGCUUUUGGAUACACCGGAUCACCUGAUUAAGCGUACAUUUGAUGUCAAUAUAUUGGCACAUUUUUGGACCGUGAAAGCUUUCCUACCUUAUAUGAUUGAAAAGAAUCGUGGACAUAUUGUCACCAUAGCGUCAAUGGCUGGCUUUGUUGGUAUUAACAAACUAGUGGAUUAUUGUUCAUCCAAAUAUGCAGCAGUAGGAUUUGAUGAAGCCCUCAGAGUUGAACUCGAAGCCCAGGGAAUCGAUGGAGUUAAAACAACAGUCAUUUGUCCGUAUUUUAUUCAAUCGACAGGAAUGUUCGAUAACGUAAAUUCAAGAUUCUUGCCAACCCUCAAAUCAAACGAUGUAGCCGAUCGGAUAGUGAAUGCAGUGAGAAAAGAAGAAGUCGUUGUGAUGAUGCCCAAGAUAUUUAGGGCUGCACUUAUAUGCAAGUUCAUGUUUCCUUGGGCUUGCGUUUCAAUGUUUUUAAGAGGACUAGUGCCGGAUGCAGCUCCGCCUCAUCAGUCUCAUGUCCAAAAUAGUGAAAAAAGUGAUUUUAAUACCAAAUCGAACUUAAUUAAGAAUUCUGUAGUUUCUUUAGACAAUCGUGAUGGAAUUAGCGGAAAAAAUCUUUAGUGAUUUUUUUUAUAAUUAGAUAAUAUUUUAGAUGUUUUUAUGUGUUGAGAGGUUACAGUUUUAUUUAUGAAAAUAAAAUUUUCGCUUAUAUAUAUAGCAA